UGUUUCAACAGGUACAAAAAGAAAACCCUCUGCCUGUAAUUUUUCAACUAGAAGUAGCACUGCUAUGGAGAGAGCUGAGUCUUUCCGCUCCGAGAAUCCUUUCUUCAUUCGUAAAAUGCAACCAUCAUAUAUUGAAAGUCGUAUAAUGGUGCCGAUUAGUUUCAUAACAGAAGAUGAAGAAGAUGAGCAUGACCGUGUUACUCUUUGGACAUCUGAAAGCAGACCUUGGCUUGUUGAUUUUUAUAGGAAUAAUAGCAGUUGGCAAAUAAAUCUUACUACUGGAUGGAAAAAUUUUGUAGAGGAUAAUAACUUGCGACUAGGGGAUGUAUGUGUUUUUGAGAAAAUCAAGAAAUCGGGAAUUUCAUUCAGAGUUAUAAUUUUUAGAGACAGAGAAGAAUCAAGUUCUCCUAGGUUUUCAGAUCAUUCAAUUCCUGAAUGCAAAGAAAGGGAGUUAGAGAAUCACUUCAGUGUCUGCCUCAAACCUAAGGAUUUAUAUUAUGUGCUGAAUCUUCCAAGGAAUUUCUUAAAAAAUCAUGGUAUUGGUGAUUCAAAUGUGAUCCUGGAAGUUGGGAAGAAAUCAUGGGAUGUGAAGCUAGACUCUUACAGUAGAUUCACCACUGGUUGGGCUCAAUUUAUUAGAGACUGUCAAUUGAAGCCUGGAGAUGUUUGUCGAUUCGAGUUGAUGGAUAAGAAGAAGAUUGUUUUUGAAGUUACCUUUGUAACAUGCAUCAAGUGAUGUUUCUCUCUUUAUAUAACUUUUGAAACCUAUCUAGUUUAAUGUAUGUUUUUUUAAGAAA